AGCUAGCCAAGCCUUUGCUGUUCGUAUCGCGAUAUGACUACACUGUGGGGUUCGGUCAUCUUGAAACGUUUCGAACCCCUCCCAAUCGAGAUGAUGUCGCCCAAGCCCGAUCCUGGCGCCAACACUCCCUCUUGCAAACGCCCAUCACGACAACCCUGCCUCGCCAAUUGGCGCUUCCUUUGCUCCAUCGACAAGAAGAAAGUGCUGAAAGAUGACCUGACCACAAAUAAAAACUCUACCACAGUGACAGCAACACGACAACCCACAAAAGCCUCGUGGCGAUGGAGACAUUCCCCCUCUUCUCACGGUUCCCCCUCGAGAUCCGCGACCUCAUCUGGUCCCAUGCGCUACCAGACAGGGAUGCCCCGGCUAUCUUCUUCUACUCCCAAGGGUUCAUGAAGAAAUUUAAAAAGCCGUACCCGCCCAACCACAAAUUGUAUCCAGGAAGUCAUCUCUACUUGCGAUUCUGCCACGAGCUCUUGGACCCAGUCCCAGUGAUUGUGCCGCUUUUGCAUGUCAAUGCCGACGCUGCACGCGUUGUCUUGCGCUGGGCUAAAAAAAGAAAUUUCAACAUCUCAAAGGAUAUAUUUUCAAAUCGUACCAUGAUAUCGCGGUGCAUGGAUCGCAUUCACGAUAUUCUAUGGCUACCAGCAUCGGGAUUUGACACCAUUACCAAACAGCUAUUGCAUGAGUGCAGAGGGGACAGCUUGGCCAACAGACAAUGUUUGAUGCCGAAGCAGUAUGCCAUUAGCGAGACAGAGAUGGAAAUGGUAGAAUGGUCGGCAUCGGUGUUUAGCAGAGAUGAUGGGUUUAUACACCUGCAAGCAGAGACGGUGUAUGUCCUGACUACCAAGACGGCUGUCUGGAUGCCGGAAGUGGAAAACUUGGGCAUUGUCCAGCCUCACCGCUGGGUUAUUACGCCGGGAAAUGAAAGAGCACUCAACUAUGACUUUGAGAAACGGGAAUUCUCGUGGGGACCCGGGGACAAGUGUGGUGGGAAGGAGGUCUGGGAAAACAUGGAGAACAUGGAGCAUCCCUUGGAGGAGGAUCCACGAAAGAAAUUUUGCAUGAAGGUUGUUAACGGGCACCAGGAACUGGCUUUACCUAGAGUACCGCGAUUUACCUGAGAAGCCGCGCACACAAAUGCUUGGAUUUUCAUACAAUUGGAUAGCCUCUAAACAAAAGAAG